AUGGCGRACAGAAAGUGAAUUAUUUUUUCCAUACAUUUAAAGGAACAAAAUGGACGAAAAUUAGGCUGAUUUUAAUGCUUUACCAUCAAAGUUGUAAAACUCUUUAGUAGUUUACUAUGGGGUCAUUGAAUGAGGUCUGGUUGGCUAAAAUCAAGGAAUUUCGAGGGACGAAACUAGUAGGAARUCAACAAAUCGAUGACAAUUUCAUGUUAGAUAUCCUUGAGGAACUGUGCCAUGAAAAUAUUUCUGAGUAUGUUAAACUACAGCUGUUGUUUGCUUUGCAAGAAAAGGUUUCAAGCUUUUCCUCAGAUAUAACAAGCAUUGAAUGUGCUGUUGGGUCUUUAAARGAUAUGUUUCUACAUCCAUCAGGCCACCCGUCACAAUUCUAUCUUAGUCAAAUAUUAGUAACAGGAACAUGUCUGGUCAUUUCUUCUGAUCUCCUUAUCAAAAGCCAUGAAGUCUUUGUAGCAUUUGUGGGAGUACUGACAGACAUCAUUGAGAAGGUGAAAAGCUCCAGUAACCUUCUUGUUAGAAAAGCUGCAUGUGAAUGUGUUUGGGAAAUAGAGYUUAAUUACCCUGGCAUAUUUCAGGCAAAGCUAGGCACACUGUACAAAUAUUGUGAUGCAGAAUCCAGUCCUAUCUUCCAAAGUUAUAUGGUUUUGUUUGUUACAGUCUUGCGCCAUACAAUUGAGCAACUGGCAUCAAAUUCUUUCAUAGAAUUGGAGACUGACUAUUUGGACAAACUCUUAACAGAUUAUACAGAGSCCCUGAAGCCUUUGGUUUUUGCAUCGRACGUCACAGCUGACUCUUUUCAGUUGUCUCUUCGAUCUCCACCCUGUGGUGUCCCUUUAUUGURUCUUCCYGAAAAAGUGMACACCAAAGAGUUGAAAAGAGCAAUAUCUUUUACAAUGGAAAACCUUGGACUCCUGAAUACCACUGCACUGUUUUAUUCCAUGUUAGAGCUAAUGCAUUGUAUUAAGCAUUCAGAGCUUUCUCCAAAUACUUUCAUGUCUCAGUUUAUUCAGUGGAUCUCAUCUUCAGAUAUCUCUAUUUUUCACAUGCUUCUGUUCUUAAGGCUCAAGUUCUCAGUUGAUAUGUUCCAAGAAUGUGAUGAUAUCCUGUUAUUACAGAGGUUGUUUAUCUUAGCUGGUCAGCCAACAUUACCAAAUGACUAUCGCCUCCUUUGCUUUAAAUGGUUGAUUCACUUUCCAGAGGAGUUGUGUAAGACAGGCCGUGCACCAAAUCAACCAACAGCAUCGUCAUUCUUUAUGGAAGACGUUCAUCAGUACUUAUAUCCGUCAGGUUUUGAUAGUUUAGAUGUCGUCCAGGAAAAGUUAAAGCUWCUUUGUCUAUUUUUCCACACCAAUGACAACCAAGAUUCGGAUUGCACUGUUGUGUUAAUGAAUUGUCUAUCGUUGAUCAAUAAACAAGUUCUUCUUGGUGUUGGUGGCAACAGAAUAUGUGCAUUGUUUAGGACAUUGUUUUGGUAUUACACAUAUUUCCAUGACACUUUACUUGUCAGAGACAUUUACAGGCUAAUUGUAUCAGUAAUAACCAAGCACCCUAAGUUCAUGGCACACGUUGUUGACUUUUUGGACUCCAUUGCCAUGGUUACACCUGACAGUCCAUUUCCAGUGRAUCUACUGAGAGUCUUAAGUCAGCAUGUAGUUGCACAACCCUUGUCAGCCAUCUUACCAAACUUAAGUCACCAUCUCAAGCUACUUGCACAAGCCAUGACUAAGUCCAACAUUGAUCCAUCUCCAACAGUUCGGUUUCUUGACUUGCUCCUGCAUACUUCAGAGCUUUCAAGUCAGGGCUGCUGGAAGACUGGAAACUGUGUUCUGUCUGUUUGUCAUAGUAUUCUUCUUCAUCAUGACACAAGGCAUGUCAUAAGAGAUCUUGGAAAUCUACUUUUGAAUAUGUCCUUGACUUACCAAGACAUUGAUAUUCGAGACAGGGCGCGAUUUUAUUACUCUUUAUUGGCCAAUGUCUCUAGUGAAAAGGCUUCUAAGAUUCUGAUGUCUGAAACAGCAAAGAAACAGGCUUUUAAUGUUGGCCUAGCAGAUGACAUAACUUCAUCAUCGUUUUCCAGUACACCCCCUGUACAGCACAUCAAGACACCUUUUUUACAGCUAACACGUGUGCCAAAGGAUUCUGUCCCUGAAAAAGACAAAGAAGAAGUUGUAUCAUCAYUAGAUCUUCAACCAUAUGGAUUAUUAGGCCAUUACUCUAAGAUGAUAAAUGAUCCUUCAUGGAACUCUGAUAUUCAAAUAGACUACUACAUACAUUUUAAUGACCUAGACCCACCCUCUCAUUUGUAUGCCUUAGUGCUGCAGUUUGGCCACAAUAAAACUUAUGAACCAGUUGAAGAUAUCCACAUUCCAUUCCUUUCACAAGCAACUUCUGCCAGACCUCAAAAAGGGUGUCAUCAAAUGAAAGUUUUAUUCAAACCACGUGAACCAGUCCCAGCAUCCUUCAGCGUCAGAUCUGUWUUUCACAACGAGGAUGGUCUUACAUGCACAAUGGUUUUAGAUAAUCUACAGAUUCGUUUUGAGGAUUUGUUUUUACCUUUAUGUUUGCCUGAAAUGUUUCAAAACGAGAAUUCGAAUAAAACCAAAAAGAAGCUGUUCGCUGUCUUAUGGGAAGAUUUUACAGAGAAACAACGUACAACGGAGGCUCCGUUAAAUAAGGGGGCACUGACAGUAGUUUGUUUGUCACUUCCAUGGCAACAAGCACUAGAAAUUUUAAACAAGCACUUCAAGCAAUACAUGAUAGAAGUAAAAGGCGACGAGGUCCAUGUUGGAAUCUUCUUGCCACCUCACCAGCAUCUGUUGUUGAAGUUUGCGCCACGAAAUAACAAAACCGUUGUUUCUACUGCUAUGGAUGACUGGAGGAUUCUGGGACUGGUGGAGUGUUACUUACGUGAAUUGGAAUCAGAGCAUAAAUAACACUAAAAAUACGUGAAACAGUACAAAAAUUUAAAAAUUAUUAUUAAAAUAUGUACAUAUUAUAUUUUAAAAUUAAAUAAAGGCUGAAGGAAACAAAUAAUCUGCAGUCUGAAAACAAAGCUUUCUUCUUACACCUGUCUCUGAAAAAACGUGCCAAAGAGACGCUCAAACAUACCCAAGUAAACCGCAAAGUAGCUUGGAUAUGGUUACAAAUCGCUUUUGUUCAAAAUUAAUGGUAAGGCGUCAUAUAUAACGGGAUGUUUGCUGUCUUCUGUAAUAAGGUCAUUAGUUAAUUUAUCUUCGAAGAGAAAACAAACGCUCUUAGAGCGCUUCAUCGUGCUGCAUCUGAAAGAAUUACGCGAUAAAUGACGUGACAUUACUGAUUGWUCCGGACACGUGAAAAAUGGCGGCUAAAAAGUUGGCUUCCUUAUUGAUUUCGAGAUCAUU